AUGAACGCGAAGCCCCUCCAGGAUGCUGGACUACGUGGUGUGCUCAGAGACGUUUUGUAUGACCAGAUGGACCCAGGCGACCACUACGGAGUGCGGCUACACCUGCGAGGAGACCCGCUCAUGGCAGUCCAGAGGGGCCUCAAGCUCGCUCAGCCCGCGUCGCUGCCCGGUCUACCCAAAUGGAAGGCGGGCCCCAACAGCGAGCGCAGCAGGCAGGAGGCUAAGAAGCAGGCGGGCGAUCUCGAGCGCGGGGAGCAGAGCGCAGCGGGCGGUGUGGAGCGUAGGGCCAGAGACGAGGUGGGGGACUUGUUCGGCGAGCGCGAGCCGAGCAUAGAGGACGACGAGAUCAGCGAGAACUCCGAGGGCGAGGAGGUGAUGGCUAAGCCUCGCUCGGCGGAGGAGGCGCUCGACCUAGAGGAGCUGGGUGCACAGUACGGAGCCUGGAUACACGCGUGCGAACAGCACUACGUCACGACGCUGCAGGUGCGCCCCGACAAGAGGAGGAAUUACUGCGGCAGAGGCGAGGGGGUCCGCAUCGCUAGCUUCGCGGCCGAGCUCAGCGCUGACGUGCCAGCGGACAGCGACCAGUCAAUCAGGUGGUGGGGUACCCUGGCGUCUCACCUGCUGGAGCUGCAGCAUUGUGAGAGGGGCAAGGCGCGUUCCACCGGACUGCUGGGCGAGUGCAGGGCUCUGGGCGGCGCGACCCCGACUGGCGGCAUCAUCAAGAUGACGGGCAAGCGCGAGGAGGUGGGCGACGUGCUGCCUGCGCGCGCCAACUGGGCCCAGGAGCAGGAGGCGGCCGGCAGCGGCGAGCUCCGCCGCAAGACGCGGGGCAAGCCGAGGUGCGACAACGAGGUCAGGGAUGAAGGAGUCACGGCCUCGAACAUGAUGGGCGCGCUGGCUUUCAAGUGGCUGCCGCCGAGCGCCGGGGAGGAACUGCGCAAGUUGAUCGAGGAGCUCGCAAGGGUAGGCACGUGGCCAUGGCAGCUUAUGGUCACACUGGUCAGCCUGCUCAGGACGGACGCGGGUGGCGAUCGUGCGAUCGGAUGGCUGCCCGAAGUUGUCAAGCUGUGGUCAAAGAUGCGCAGCGAGUGCACCAACGAGUGGGUCGCGCACAUGGCGGGGAAAUGGGGCGCAGCGGUGGCGGGCGCCAGCGCUCUGAGGGAGGCUCUUGUUCGCUCUUUUGCCGACGAGGUGCUGGAGUGGGCAGCCACUCAGGUCCACGCUGUCACCGCCCUGUGGGACCUAGCGGAGCUCUGCGACACCUUGGAGCCCGUCGUUAUCCUGGAGGAUGGGCUUCGUCUUGGCAUCCCAGCUCGCACUUUGCACCUGGAGAUGCUGAGCCACCUGGGCACGCGCCUCAUCAGGGCGAGGUCGGCGUACGCGGAGCCCAUCGCGCCCGGCAGGUCCACCUGCGCGGGGGCCCGGCGCGGCGUCGACUUCGGCAGGGUGGCGCUGUGCGCGGUGCUCGAGAAGGUGAGCGCGAAGUACGAGCAGGUCUACGCGCGGUCGCGGGUGGACGACGUCACAACCAGGAUGGAAGGCGCGGCUGACCAGUCCACGAAGUCCGCACUCAUCGGGGGCGACAUGGACGUGGCAAGGGAGGUUGCGCUGAAGCUGCACUCGCGCAACAUCACCGUGAGGGUCGAGAGUCAGGCGCCCGACCUGGGGAUUGAUAGGGGGCGCAGCAUCGCAGGAGACAAGGGCAAGCACGAUAAGAGGACCGCCCAGGCAGAUCGGCAGGUGGGGAUCGCGAAGGGGGGGCCCGCUUUCGGUGCCGCCUUCGCGCUGAUGGACUCCUGGAUACGCGCCAUCAGCGUCGGCAGGGGGCGCAAGAAGGCGGGGCUCAUAUGGCCGAGGGCGGUGAAGAAGGUCACCGAGACGGACCCCGAGAAGCGCUGGAAGGGGAUCACGGGCGUCGCGGGGGCGAUGGUCAACGCGCUGCUGGACCUUGGCUGGGGCCCGAAGGGCCCGUGGCAGUGGGUGUCGGACGCUGGCGAGGAGUUCGGCGGCAGCGACCCCGCGGGCUUGGGCGGUGAUGUGGACAUCAGCCUCCUGAAGCAGGCCCUCAGCGACGCGAUCGAGAGUAGGCAGUGGUCAGCAGCGGCCAGCCACUACGCGGGCAAGGGGCUGGAGGACGGCGCGGACUUGCGCUCGGCCAGGGCCCUGGCCCGCAAGUUCAAGGCGAAGGGUGAUUGCGACAAGGUGUGGGCGCAGCUCGCCCUCUUCGUAGGAGGGGCGUGGCCGAGGCAGCGGGUCGCCGACCCGGGCAUCGAGGUCGAAGACGCGAUGCGUCCACGGUGCGGCGAAGAACCCGAGACAUGGCUGCGCCGCAUGUGGAGGUGCAAGCGCAACGGGAUCAUCGAGGAGAGCAAGAAGUCGGAGCACCUCAUCGAGCGUGCCACCAGCCAGGAGGAUGCGCAGCCGUGCUUGUGGCUCAGAUGCAGCUUGCCCAAGUCGUGGACGGCGGUCAGUCCGCCGCCAGAGCCCGCGAGCGCCCUGUUCGAGCGUUUCGGCGAGGUCAGCACGCGCCCGAGCGAGGACGGCCAGGGCUUCAGCGAGUGGCUGCUCGCGGCGGGGGGCGCGUCGGGAGGCGAGCACGCGGCGGACCCGAGGCUGAGGGGGGGCGCGCGGGGCUGGGUCAUCGCGCAGACGACGGAGCUGAACGAGCCAAUGUUCGUGGCAGGCGUCAGGUGCGCAUUGGCUGGAUGGAGGCAGAGCGUCAACGGGGGCGAGCUCACGGCGCGGAAGGAGCUACUCGCAGCCGCCAGCGGGUGCCAGAUGAUCAGGUACACGGCCGAUUCGGCGCGCGCCAUGCGGGGGGUGCUCAAGCUACGGCGCGGGAAGAUGCCCAAGACGCACGUGGGGCUUUGGUGCGAGGUUCGUGAGCUGAUUAAGGGGAAGGAGCUCGACCUCGUGAAGAUCGAGAGCCACAUGAGCGCGAAGGAUGUGGUCGACGCGGGCGUGGACCCCAUCGACUACAUCGGCAACGUCUUGGCCGGCGAUUUCGCCGACGGCAUCAUCAAGCGGGCGCAGGUGCCCAGGGCGCAGGCGCGCGCGCUGGGAUUCGCCGAGAGGAUCGCCACCCUUGUGCGGCCCCGCGGGCUGGCGACGCUCAAGGCCGCGAUCGAGGUGGAGCCGUCGGCGAAGCCGUCGCAGAAAGAGCGGAGAGAGGCCAACAUCCAGAAGAGGCGGCGAGAGAAGCUGCUCGCGGAGACGAAGCACGUGAUCACGCACGACGUGGAUGGCAAACGCUACGGGUGCAGCAGGCGUGGAGGUCGCGCGCCCAUCUUCACGGCGGCCGCGUGGCUCGCGGAGGAGCGCGUGCCUGUCGAGAGGUCGACGGCGAGCAUGCACGGCGCGACCUCGAGCAAGGCGCAGAUCGCCAGGAGGGUCAUCAGGCUUAAAAAAGCAACCUGA